AUGCUGCGACAAGCGUCCCCGACCGGCCAUGGCAGGAGAAAGAAGGCUGAGUGGGUCCUGCCCAGUGGGCAUGGGUUGGACCCGCGGCAUGAAACCCUGCUCCGUGUGAGGCAGAAGUUGAAUGCUGCAAAGCGUCAGCGUGACUACAGCUGGGAUCAGCUGUUUGCCUACUGCGAUCGCGAUAAGUCUGGCACGUUAGACUGGAAGGAGUUCAAGCACAUGGUGAGAAGGACACUGGGGGUUGCACACGAGACUGUCUGUGAUGCUGACCUUCACAUCCUCUUUGAGCAGGUGGACUCUUCCGAGGCUGGCCAAGCGGGAGAUAAGAAUGAUUUGGUGGAUUUGGGAGAACUACUACACUACCUGGCACGCGGGCAGCUCAAUGCUGCCGUGCUGGCAGCGCGUGCGCAGCAGCGAAUUCAGAGAGUGCGCAGGAACAUCCAGCUGGCCUUUGUGAAGCUGGAUUUGACGGAGGCUGACACGAAGCAACUCUUCCAGAGAAUAGACUUGGAUAGCUCCAAUCGCCUGUCUGAGUAUGAGUUUGAAGUCUUCGUACGAGAGCGUCUGAUGCUCAGCCACUGGGACAUCAUGCCCUCGGAUUUGCAUGACUUUUACCACUUCCUGGAUCGGGAUGGUGAUGGCAUCGACAUCUUCGAGUUUUUGGAUUACGUGAAAAAGGUCAACAGGCUGAAGGAUUCCGUGGGAGCCAGGAACAUGAUGAUUGCUGAGAGCGGCGAGAAAGCUCCUCGUAGGCGUCAGCUCACCUACAAGGACAAGUUGCUUCAAGAGCUCGAGGACCGAAGACAUGCCAGGAGCUUACCAGACCUGCGCUUGACGACAUCGUUCGCUAGCACUGGCCGUGAGAAGCGGCCGAGAAAUCGAUUUGCUGCAAGUGGGGUGAUUUUCGCAUGA